ACACAUUACACAGAAUGACGAAAUGGAAUGUGAUAAUGGUGAUAACUAUUGUGAUGAUUGCUGCAAUGGGAGAAGCAAAGCAAAUACGCCAAACGACUUGGAUAGGUUGCUUUCGGUAUUGUUCUCGCAAUUGCAGCGAUACCGACGGAUAUUGCUAUGAAGGUUGUAAGAUCAAAUGUGGUGGUCCAACUCCAACACAAAUUUAUUCCAGGAAUUCAUAUGGGAAUAAUCCUUCGUACACUGAAGAUAAGGAGGUCCGCGGGAAGAAAAAUUAAUAAAGAGAGCUCUUGCCGAGAUCAUAAUCAUUACUUUUCGUGUUUUUCCUUCUACCAGGUUCCUUAGUUUGUGCUUGUGUGACUUGUGUUUGUGUAACUUGUGCUAUAUGUGUGAAGACCAUAUAUAUGUCUUAAAUAAACUGAUUCUCAUUUGUCACUUGUGCAUGAUAUAUGGAUGUCUUGAAAGUUUUUCAGUGGCUC